GAUCAACAACAACAGAGAGCAGCUGACAGGUUGAUAAGAGGAGAGUUUUACAGUCUUUUAACAGAAGAUGGUUUCAUAGCUCUGCUGCUUUCACGCUAACUGCAGUUUUUGUGAGUCUGACAGUUUGUUUUGUGAAGUUUUUUUUUGUGCCUUUUCGUUUUUCACAAUGAGCAACAGUAACAAUGAAAGCACAGACUUUUAUAGUCAACAAAUUGCCGGGGACACUGAAGGCGACGAGACGACAGCUUUGUUAAGGAAUGCAACAGCGCAAACCAGAGCCAAAGGAGCCUCCCUCGCCUCCUCUGUGUUCAACCUGAUGAAUGCAAUCAUGGGCAGCGGCAUACUGGGACUAGCUUAUGCAAUGGCCAGCACUGGAAUAGUUGGUUUUUGUAUCCUGUUGCUCCUGGUGUCCAGCCUGGCAGCAUACUCCAUACAUCUCCUGCUAAAGCUUUGUGACCAAACAGGUAUCAAUUCAUACGAGGACCUCGGAGGGAAAGCCUUGCAAAAACCAGGAAAAGUUCUGGUUGGAAUUGCUAUUCUCAUCCAAAAUAUUGGUGCCAUGUCAUCCUAUUUGUUCAUCUUGAAGUCGGAGCUUCCUGCAGCCAUCAGCAGCCUCCUGAGCCCAGGCAGCGCCGGAAACGCCUGGUAUGAAGAUGGCAGGCUGCUUCUCGUCCUUGUGACACUUUGCGUUGUUCUACCUCUGGCAAUGUUACCUAGAAUUGGCUUCCUGGGCUACACCAGCAGCCUGGCCUUCUUCUUCAUGCUGUACUUUGCAGUUGUGAUCGUCGUGAAGAAAUGGUCCGUCCCCUGCCCGCUGCCUCAUAAUGUGACCACCUUUUCAAGUGCCUUCCAGGUGUCGAAUUCCUCCGACUCAGAAUGUUCGCCCAAACUCUUCAUCAUCUCCAGCAAGAGCGCCUACGCCAUCCCCACCAUGGCCUUCUCCUUUCUGUGCCACACGGCCGUCCUGCCGAUCUACUGCGAACUGGACCGUCCGACCAAAGCCAGGAUGCAAAAGGUUUCAAACAUCAGCAUCAGCCUCAGCUUCCUGGUUUACCUCGUUUCCGCGCUGUUUGGCUACCUCACCUUCUACGCUCACGUGGACUCGGAGCUGUUGCUCGGUUACGAUCAGUACCUGCCUCGAGACAUCAUGGUGAUGACGGUGCGGUUGGCCAUCCUCCUCUCUGUGCUGCUCACGGUGCCACUGAUACACUUCCCCGCCCGUAAGGCUGCCAUGUUGCUGCUGUUUGGAGGACGUCCCUUCUCCUGGAUCGUCCACAUCGCCACGACCCUAACCAUCCUCGGCGUGGUGCUGAUUCUGGCCAUCUUUGUGCCUGAUAUCAGACAAGUGUUUGGAGUAGUAGGAUCAACAACGUCCAGCUGCCUGUUAUUUGUUUUCCCGGGAAUCUUCUACCUCAAGAUCAGCAGCCAACCCCUCAGAUCCUUCGACUCCAUCGGGGCCAUACUUCUUGUGGUCUUUGGCUUGAUUAUGGGCGUCACCAGUUUGUCUCUCAUUGUCAUCACUUGGGUAAAGAGCUCCUGACCUCCUCCGGGCCCCCACUUUACCAAAUCAAGAGCAAAGAAAGGGAAACGUGCACCAAAGAAACUUUAUCCUGAAUAAGGAAAGGGAACAAACGAAUGCUCACCAGCACCACCUCAGGCACUAUUUGUAUAGUGAAGUAGUUCAAACACUACUUUAGUGUUUUUUCUAAGUUAGAAACAUAGACCAGCUCUUUUUAUUUUUUAUAUCUUCUACAUGCUGAUUUUUAAACUGUACAAAAUUCAGGACAAUCUAUUUUUUAAAUCUUCCUGGAACAACAGAUGGAUGACGUUUAGUUUAUUUAGUGUUUUUCUAUGCGGACGAUGAUGCACUUUAUGUACGACCGGGUUCGAGUGUUUUGAAAUGUUGUUGACCAGGUCAGUGUCAGGUUUUCUUAAAUUUUGUUCAAGUCACAUUUUCACGGAUACACUAUAAUAAGUUUUUAUCCUCUGAUUUAAGGCCAAAUGUUGUUAUUCACAGAAGAAAUUUAAAUUAAGUGUCUUGUUUUCACCCUUUAUUUCACGUGUUACUGUCGAUGCUCCACUCAUACUCCAGGAUUCAGGUACAAAUAUUUCUGCAAACUUUGCCUUCUUCGACAAAUGUGAUAAAAACCAAAUGUAAAAAUAAUUUGUUCCUUUUCUAAUUACUGGCAUUUAAUAAAAGAGAUAUUGUUUAUGUGA